UAACAAGAGAAAAAAAGACUCGAAGAGGGUUCGGUUCCCAUGUAAAAAUAAAUAAAAAGAAAAGACUUGUCGUACAAUCUUCUUAACCAAAUCCCUCUUGGCUUUUCUCUAGUGUUUCUUUUCGCUUCCAACCCUCAAGAAUUUUCAUCAAUUUUGGCCCCAACUAGGCCAAGACAAAAAAAACGGUUUUUGGUCUCUUCCCAAAAGACUCCAUUCCAAUUUCGAUACCGGAAUGCAAGAACUCCUAUUGCUUAAAGUUUGCCUGCGUCUGCUCAAUUUUUCUUGUCCUAUUCUGCAGUUAAAGGAAUUCUGAAACCCUAAUUUCUCACCCAUUCAUCUUUUCUUGUCGUUCAUCGCAAGAUGAGAUUCCCCUGAAAAAGCGUGAUGUUUCGGAGCCCACCUUGAACUAGCCCUUCUUCCCAACAACCCUAAAGAUAUAUGAUUUUCAGCUUUAGAUUUUUCUAUCUGCUACUGCAUUCACUACAAUUGGUUUAGAAUUAACUUCAGUUCUAUUCCAAAUCAAUGUCGGAGGAUUUGAUUCUACAUCUAUCCUCCAAUUCGUCGAACCAAUCGGAUCAGUCGUCAAAAAUUGCAAAACUUGAGGCCAGAUUGGUGGGCAAGAUGUCGUCUACAGUUGCAGCUCAGGCGCAGCUGAAUUCAUGGUCCGGGACCGCCAAAUUUGGAGGGGCUGAAGAAGUUCUGCCUGAGUCUCUGGUGGAUAGUGAUGAUUCUGAUGAUGAUGAUAAUGGUGGAGCCUUUCUUAUUCAAGCAAACAGUCAAAAGCGACGAAAGGUUGAAGAAAAUAAUCACACUGCUGUUUUUGAACGUAAUGAGGUUACAGCUGAUGGAGGGCAAAAGAUAUUGGAGAAGGAAGACUCCAAUAAGAGCAGAACUGAUGUCAAUAGAAGAAAACAAGGGCGUGGUAGGGGAAAUUCCACCUCAGGUAGAGGUCGCGGCCAGCGUGCUUCUGAUCAAAUGAUGUCCUCAUCCAACGGACAGGUUGAAAAUUCACUCCAAAAGGAUGAAGCAGCAUCCUUGCGUGCCAAAGUUGCUACACUGGAAGAAGAGCUUAAGGAGGCCUCUGAUUAUCGUAGUAAAUGUGAACAUCUAGAAAAGGAGCUCAAAGAGUUGAAAGAUCAUGAACAACAAAUGAAGCCAAAGAGAGUGAAAGUGAUAUCUGAUUUAUUAAUAUCUGUAUCAAAAGCUGAGAGGCAAGAAGCUAGAAUGAAAGUGCGGCAGGAUUCCUUGAGACUUGGCACUGUGGGAGUACUGAGAGCUGGAACAGUCAUAUCUGAGGCAUGGGAGGAAGGACAAGCACUAAAGGAUAUCAAUGCUCAACUUAAAAGUUUGUUAGAAUUGAAAGAGGCAGUCGAAAGGCUGAGAAAGUCUCUGAAGAAACGCCAAUCAGAUAAGUCUGAUGUUGCUGAAACAGAGGGUGGGCUUACGGAAGCAGACAUUCUCAUACAAGAUGAAAUAUAUAGAUCUCGUCUAGCCAGUAUCAAGCGUGAGGAGGAAAUACUAGUACGUGAAAGAGACCGUUAUGAAUUGGAGAAAGGGAGGCUUAUACGUGAAAUGAAGCGCAUAAGGGACGAGGAUGGCUCACGCUUCAACAAUUUUCAAAUAUUGAAUCACCGUUAUGCUCUUCUAAACCUUCUCGGCAAAGGAGGAUUUAGUGAGGUUUAUAAGGCUUUUGAUUUGGUCGAACAUAGAUAUGUUGCCUGUAAGCUUCAUGGUUUGAAUGCUCAGUGGAGUGAAGAGAAAAAGCAAAGCUACAUACGUCACGCAAUCAGGGAAUAUAACAUUCACAAGACGUUGGUUCACCAUCACAUCGUCCGGCUUUGGGACAUUUUUGAGAUCGAUCAGAACACGUUUUGCACCGUUUUGGAAUAUUGCAGUGGCAAGGAUCUCGAUGCAGUCCUUAAAGCAACACCGAUCCUGCCAGAAAGGGAGGCGAAGAUCAUCAUCAUCCAGAUUUUCCAAGGCCUUGUUUAUUUGAAUAAGAGGUCACAAAAGAUUAUUCAUUACGACUUGAAACCUGGGAAUGUUUUAUUUGAUGAAUACGGUGUUGCUAAAGUCACAGAUUUUGGUCUUAGCAAGAUCGUGGAGGAGGAUGUCGGCUCUCAGAUGGAACUUACAUCCCAGGGCGCCGGAACAUACUGGUACCUGCCUCCCGAAUGCUUCGAGCUGAGCAGGACUCCUCUCAUAUCCUCAAAGGUUGGUAAUGUCCAAGAUUGUCUGGCCUCUUUUCAGCAUUUGAUCGAUAUCCACUUUGUGUUGCCAUUUGGUCUGCAGGUUGAUGUUUGGUCUUUGGGAAUAUUAUUGUACCAAAUGCUCUUCGGCAGACGGCCAUUCGGACAUGACCAAACGCAGGAGAGAAUCUUGCGGGAAGAUACCAUCAUCAAAGCCCGGAAAGUAGAAUUCCCUACGAGACCCUCCGUAUCGAACGAGGCAAAAGAAUUCAUUCGUCGCUGCUUGACGUAUAACCAAAUGGAGAGACCUGACGUUCUGACCGUCGGUCAAGACCCAUACCUCAACUACGCCAAGAAAUGACGACGACGAUGACGGUGACACCGGAGAAAUUCGAAACUCUGCAGCUGCAGCAUAAAGAGUAGAAAUCGUGGGGCCAUUUUUGUAUGUCUUUAAACUAUUACAAAAACAAAAACACAAUUUCUUUGAAAAAGAAAAGGGGGAAAGAAUGAAUUGAGCUGAGCUAACAAAACUACCCAAAAUCAGUUUAUUAAAUAGGACAGAUUAUAUAUAUUUGGUUUG